CGAACUGAGCGAGGUCAGAGCAGGGAGAGAGCGGGGAGAGAGCGGGGAGAGAGCGGGGAGAGGAGGGAUCGCUGUGCAGCCCGGAACCCGCCGGGAGCGCUGUGGGACCCACACGGUGCUGCCUUCUACACUUUUGCACUGGGGGCUGAGUCCAACAGGGAGUCCGGCUCAUCUCGCUGGGGCCCCAGAGAAGGGGGACGGGGCCAGUCUCCGGGAGAUGAGAGCUACUGUCUCUCGGCCUGAGCCGGGGGAGGAAGGCUAUGAAAGUCCCGGGCUGAGGUGGCACUGCAGAGCCCGGGCAGGCCGAACUCUAGCGGAGUGACACCAUGGCAUCAAAGGGUAAGAAAUGGGAUGUGGGUGCAGCACUCAAUGACUAUGACCAGCUGCGCCAAACCAGCGCCGGGGGACUGGGUCAUUCCUUCAGUGAAGGACGCAACUUUAAACCGCCUGAGGUUGGACGCUCGGUGAGACCAAUGCUACAGCGGCAGGAUGAUGUUGUACAAGAAAAGCGCUUAUCUCGGGGGAUCUCCCACGCCAGCUCCUCCAUUGUUUCCCUGGCCCGCUCCCACGUCUCCAGCAACGGAAGCAGCGAGCAUCCCCUGGAGACCCCCGUCUGCACCUUCCAGCUCCCUGACCUAACCGUGUACAAGGAUGAGUUCCGGAACUUCAUCGAGAGAGACCUGAUUGAGCAGUCCAUGCUGGUUGCCCUGGAACAUGCCGGUCGCCUCAAUUGGUGGGCGCAGUUGGAUCCAACCUACCCGCGGCUUCUCCCUUUGGCAACAACUGGCGAUGGAAACUGCUUGCUCCAUGCUGCAUCUCUUGGAAUGUGGGGGUUUCACGACCGAGACCUGAUGCUCCGCAAGUCCCUGUACACGCUGAUGGAAAAAGGAGCAGAGAAGGAAGCGCUCAAGAGGAGGUGGAGGUUUCACCAAACCAUGCAGAAUAAAGAGUCCGGCCUUGUGUACACGGAAGAGGAAUGGCAGAAGGAGUGGAAUGAUUUGAUAAAGCUGGCGUCUAGUGAGCCUCGCAUGCACUACGGUACAAAUGGCGGCAACUGUGGAGGUGUUGAAAGCUCUGAGGAGCCAGUGUACGAGAGCUUGGAAGAGUUCCACGUAUUUGUACUUGCUCACGUACUGAAGAGACCAGUUGUUGUAGUAGCCGACACAAUGCUGCGAGAUUCAGGGGGAGAAGCAUUUGCACCCAUUCCCUUCGGAGGCAUUUACCUUCCCCUUGAAGUCCCGCCUAACAAAUGCCAUUGUUCGCCUCUGGUCUUGGCGUAUGACCAGGCUCACUUCUCUGCUUUGGUGUCUAUGGAACAGAAAGAGCAAACCAAGGAACAAGCACCUUUUAUCCCGCUGACAGAUUCCGAUCACAAAUUACUGCCUGUGCACUUUGCUGUGGAUCCCGGAAAGGACUGGGAAUGGGGGAAGAAUGACUCUGAUAAUGUCUGCCUGGCAAGUGUUACGUUAUCACUGGAAGCCAAGUUAAACCUGCUGCAUAACUACAUGUCUGUAACCUGGCUUUCUCUGCCUUGUGAAACACAGGCUCCACUGGCCCAACCAGAGUCUCCCACUGCCUCGGCUGGUGAUGAUGCACGCUCUGCUGCAGAGUCUGGGGAGUCGGACAAAGAGUCGGUGUGCAGCAGCUCAGCAAGCAACGGAGGAAGUAAAAGUGGGAAGGAGAAAGACAAGGAGAAGGACAAGUCGAGAAAAGACAAAGAGAAAGAUAAGAAGAGGGCAGACUCUGUGGCCAACAAACUGGGCAGUUUUGGGAAAAGCUUGGGGAGCAAGUUAAAGAAGAACAUGGGGGGACUGAUGCACAGCAAAAGCAUCAAGGCGGGAAUGAGUAACGGACAAGGGGACACGCUGGAGAAGAAGAAGAAAGGCUCCCUGAAGGGACGGAAGGGAAGCAAGGAAGAAGCAUCUCAGAGCGACGUGUCCCCGCAGCCGGAGAAGUCCAGCUCUGGCAAGGCAUCGGCAGACAAGUCCCAAGGAGAUCCUUACAAAUACAGCAACGAUGUCAAGCUGAGCCUGAGCAUCCUGCGGGCAGCAAUGCAGGGCGAGCGCAAGUUCAUCUUCGCCUGCCUUCUGAAAACCAGCGACCGGCAGCCUUACCAGAAGCAGAUGAUCCAGCGAUACCUGGUCGACGCGGAAGAUCGAUUUGUGGCCGAGCAGAAACAAAGGGAAGCCGAGAAAAAGGCGCUAAUGAACUGCGGCACCGCUAAACGGUUGGAGCAGGACAUGCUCCAGCCCAAAGGGGACGACUUGCUCCCACUCCCUUCGUAUUCCCAGGUAACGUCUAACAGCUACGGCGUGGACUAUGGGUUGGGGCCCAAAGGAGCACUGCCCUCCAGUUACUCCGGGGGUUUCACCAUCCCUAGACCUAGCGUUGUGAAUUCAUCUGACAACACCCAUCCUCAUAGUUACCAGGACAGUAGAAGGCAGGUAGCAGGGGGUUCCUGCAACAACCUACCUUCGUACGCCACACUCCCACGACACUGCGUGCAGCCCCGGCUUCACCCCUACCAGUCCAGUCCGCCACACCUGGACAGAAUCUCUCCUCUUGAGACUGACCUGCCACCGGUAUACCCGGAGGACUGUGACCAGACGCUCUGCUUCACUCACAGCAACGGCUACAGAGAGUACACAGACCCCAGCACCCUGCCCAGAGCCGCGGCGGCCUCUGAUGGCAAUAAAAGCCGGACACUGUACAAUGUUCAGCAGACCAAGUGUAAGCAAGUAAACUGCACUUUUUACGGACAUCCAGAAACGGGGAAUUACUGCUCCUGCUGUUACAAGGAGGAACUGAGGCGGAAAGAACGGGAGAAAGAGGCGUUAAUACAUAGGUUCUAAACUAUCCAAAAACUACCUGUUUUCUUUCUAUUUUUUUUUUUUUUUCCUUUUUUUUUUGACUCAAAGUCCAUGAAGUGUUUGGGUAGAGAUAGGAUGCAAUAUUAUUUUCCGGCUGUCUCCUCCCAGCAUUCAGUGGGGUGGCUUGAUAGCCGAACCAGCGCAGAACAGCAAGUAUAAAAACCCCAGUGGGGUUUCAAAUAAAGAGGGGCAAAGUUUUUUUUUUUUCUAACUGUAGGGUUGACUGUUGUGAUAAAAAAAAGAUCUAGUUUGGUUAAAAAAAAAAAAAAAAAAAUGUAUUGCUGCCUCCAUAGCACUUUAGGAAGAUUCCACCCCUUACCCCCAAAGCAAACAUGCACGUAUUUGGUUGCUGAACCCAUCUUUGUUGAGAAUAGGAGGGGCCCUGAAAUGCGGGAACUGGUUUGUUUGUCUUGGAUCAGCACUGGCAGGAACCGGGCAUGUUCAUAUAAUCACAAUAUAUAUAUAUAUAAUAUAUAUAUAUAUAUAUAUAUAUAUAUAUGGGAUUCCCUGCAUUGAGGUCUCAAGGCUUUUAAAUCUUUAUGCAAAAUCUGUAUCCCAGUUUCUGCGCGUCUGUGAAAGAGAAGGGUGCAGGCCGGAAAGAGAAAUGUCCUGAUGGCAGCAAUAAAAGGCACAUACUGCGCUGGCAAAAACGGCCCUAAUUAUAGCACUUUCCCUGUCAGAACGAGCCUGUGGUUAAACGCGCUCUCUCCGCUGUAGAACUGAAUCUGGUUCCUAGGCUCAUAGGCAGAAUAUCACUGGGAAGUGCCUGAACUGAGACAUAAGCAAUAAAUUCUAAAUAAUAAAAGCUAAAAAAAA